UCCACUUCAGGUCUCAGGAAGAGCUCUGCACCUGCUGGUCUUAGACUUAGAGGAGACUAGUUGGAGUAAAGGACUGCAGUUUUCCACAUCAGAGAAAAAAAACAAAAAAACAACAUGAACAUCAACUCUCUGGGGGGCCGGGUCCUCUCUGAGGACCAGUUCACCUGCUCAAUCUGUCUAGAAAUAUUUGUAGAGCCCGUAUCAACACCAUGCGGUCACAGCUUCUGCAAGGCCUGCUUGCAGGGCUACUGGGACCACAGCAAGAAGUUCUCGUGUCCCAUGUGUAAGAAGAGCUACUCCAGAAAACCAGAGAUGAGCGUAAACAGGGUCCUGGCUGAAAUAUUCUCCCAAUUCCAGGGCCUGACAGUCUCUGGAGGUGCCUCGGAAAGCCCCUCACGAGGGGGCUUAUUGACAACGGGCUCGGACACAGGCCACAGCAGCUCCCCAAGGCAGGAUACUGGAGAGUUUGCACAGCCUGGUGAUGUUCCAUGUAAUUUCUGCAUCGGAAGAAAAUUAAAGGCUAUGAAGUCUUGCGUGAACUGCCUUGAAUCUUUCUGCGAGGCCCAUUUAAGGCAUCACAAGAAGGUCAAGGCUCUGAUCUCACAUCGUCUGAUUGAACCCACCUUUUACCUGGAGGAAAAGAUCUGCAAAAAGCACGAACGCCUCCUGGAGGUGUACUGCCGCACUGAUCACACGUGCAUCUGCACCGCAUGCGCAGAGGCCACGCACAAGUCCCACGAUAUCAUCGCCAUCGACCACGAGUUCAAGAAAAAGAUGAGUAACCUGGGAAAGAGGAGGUCAGAGCUGAAACACUUAAUCAAAGAGCGAGCCAAGAAACUGGAGGAGAUCAAGCAAUCCAUCAAGGUUAUCAAGGCCAGCUCUCAGAAAGAGCUUGAGGACAGCUGGCAGGUGUAUGCUGAGCUACAGAAGCUGGUGGAGCAAAGUCAGGCAGAGCUGGUGGAGCUGAUCGCCACGAGGCAGCGGGAGGCAGAGCGCCAUGCCCAGGAGCUGGCCAGGGGUCUAGAGAACGAGCUAAGCCAGCUGAGGAGGAGGAGCAACGAGUUGGAGGCUCACGCCCACACCAAGGACAAAGUGGUCUUCCUUCAGAACAUGGCCAUGCUGUCCCACUCGCCCGAACCCUCCGAUUGGUCAGGGAUUAGCAUAAACACUGACAUCUAUCUGGGGACCCUCCGCUCCUCUGUUAGCGGCCUCAUUGAGAAGUUCCAGGACGAACUUAAGCGGCUGUAUGGAAAAGAGCUCCGGAAGAUGCAGAACUAUGCAAGUGAAGUUAUUUUGGACCCGACCACAGCCCAAAAGAACCUGGUAGUGUCUGAAGAUGGUCAGCAGGUCAAAUACGAAGAGCGCAAGGCUUCCCACUCUGAGGGUCCAAAACGCUUCAACCCGGCCCCCUUCGUCCUGGCCCGAGAGGGUAUCAACUCCGGCCGGCACUACUGGGAAGUGGAGGUUGGGCGUAAGACUGCCUGGACUCUCGGCUUGGCCCGUUCUUCGGCUCGCCGCAAGGGCGAAAUCAAGCUGAACCCCGAGGGGGGUUUCUGGUGCCUGUGGCGGAAGAACGGGGAGGUGACAGCACUCGCAGAAUCUCGCCUGCCUUUGAUGCUGCCAUCCAAUCCUAGUAAAGUAGGAAUCUUCCUGGAUUAUGAGGCUGGCCAGCUUUCUUUCUACGAUGUGAAGACGCGUCAGCAUCUCUACACUUUCACGGAUAAGUUCAACGAGAGCGUCUACCCGAUCUUCAGCCCCUGCGUUAACCAGGACGGGAAAAACAUCUCACCUCUGAUUAUAACUCAAUACUGGGGGAGCUGGAGGUGGUCAAAACCAGUCUCAGAUAUCAGCACGGAGUGGAAUCUUAAGGCAGCUGCUCCUUGCAGGUCUGAUGCCCCAUUCAAAGGCUGGUUGCGUUCGUUGAAAAUGACCCUGCCUCUCCGCCGUGUAGGAAUGGCCACCCCUGGGAACCUGUCUGAAGAGCAGGUGCAUUGCUCCAUCUGUCUGGACGUCUUCACAAAUCCUGUGUCCAUCCCCUGUGGGCACAACUUCUGCCAGAGCUGCAUCUUGGGAUAUUGGAAAACCAGCCCUUUGUAUCAGUGUCCCAUGUGCAAGAAGUCCUUCCACAAAAGGCCUGACAUAAGCGUGAACACAGUCCUGAGGGAAAUUGCAGAGCAGUUCAAGCAGAUAAGAGUUAAGAGCACUGACGGGAAGGGAAACCAGGAAGAGGGGGUAGGUAAAACAAAGAAGUGGACAAUGGAAAGAAAAGUGAAAGAGGACAAGGAGAGGCUUUUGGAGAAAGAUCAGAUGCAGCAUCUUAUGGAGGAGCUGAAACAAAAGCAAGAAGAGCAGAAAAAUAAGCAGGAGGAGAAGGGGAGUCAAGGGGAGGAGCUACCACCAUUAAUCCCUCCAUUUUUUGCAUCUAAAACCUCUCCCCCACCAUCACCUCAAGAUUCAGCUCAAGCUCUACCACUCAGAACAUCACCUCCACCCUCACCUCAAACACAUUCUCCUUCACUUCCUGAAACCUCCCUAACAUCUCUGAUCCCUUCUCUUCCAUCUUCCCCCUGGGAGGAGGUCCUGUGUGAUGUUUGCUUGGGCGAUGGACGCCCAAAAGCCGUCAAAUCCUGCCUUGUGUGUCUGACCUCUUACUGUGAUGAGCACCUCAAAUCUCACGCCGCCAGGUUUACCAAGCACAAGCUGAUGGAGCCUGUGGCCAACAUGGAGGACAGGAUGUGUCCCAAGCAUGAGCGGCUGCUGGAGCUCUUCUGUAAGAAAGAUCAGACAUGCGUGUGUGUCCUCUGCACCGAGACUGACCACAGGGCACAUUACACUGUCCCUGUGGAGAGAGAAUGGAGUGAGAAGAAGGCGCUGCUAAAAAAGACAGAGAUAGACGUCCAGCAGAUGAUCCAGGACAGGGUGAAGAAGGUGGAUGAGAUCAAACACUCUCUGGAACUCAACAAAGUCAGUGCUCAGAAAGAGAUUGAGGAGAGCAUGCAGGUCUUCUCAGAGCUGGUACGCUCCAUCCAGAAGGCUCAGGCCGAGUUGGUGUUGGUCAUCGAGGAGAAGCAGAGGCAGACGGAGAGGUGGGCUGAGAGCCUCAUCACCGAACUGGAGCAAGAAAUCUCAGAGUUGAAGACAAGGCACACAGACUUGGAAAAUGUUUCUAGGACUGACCACAUUCAUUUCCUCAAGAGCUUUCCAACCUUAAGCUCUACCCCAUCUGUUAAAGACUGGUCUGAGACCAGUGUUCCCACUGACACUUGCGUUGGCAUGAUUAGGAGAUCUGUGUCUAAACUGGAGACGACAUUAGGUGAAAUAAUUCACAAGCUGGCUGGAAAUGAGAUUAAGAAAAUGCUGAAAUAUUCCGUUGACGUCACCAUGGAUCCAGACACAGCCAAUCCAUGGCUCCAACUCUCUCAGGACAGACACCAGGUGAGGCAUCUGGGGGCCUGGCAAGAACUUCCGGACCACCCUGACCGCUUCGACACCGUGGUCAUAGUACUGGGCCGAGAUGGCUUCACUUCAGGACGACAUUACUGGGAGGUCCAGGUGGGGGACAAGGAUGACUGGUACCUAGGCGUGGCCAAGUCUACUGUCAAAAGAAAGGGUAGGAUCUCUGUCAGCACCGCCCAGGGUUAUUGGGCUCUAGCCAUGAAGAAAGGCCAGGGCUAUCGGAUGUCAACAUCCCCACCAGUGCUGCUCUCCCUUGGCCCGAAGCCAAAGAGAAUUGGUGUGUAUGUGGACUAUGAGGAAGGACAAGUGUCUUUUUAUGAUGUAAAAGCUCGGACCCAUAUUUACACCUUUGAAGACACUUUCACAGAGAAGAUUCUGCCAUUUUUCUACCUAUACUGCUGUGACAAAGCCUCUGACACAAUGGCGAUCUGUCCGGUGCAGGAGAAAAGCCUCAUCAAAUAAAACUAAGGGCACUUUUCAUAAUGAAAAUAAAAAUCCUGGUAUAGACUGGAUUUUUUGACACACUCACCUAAUUUUAUUAAAUGGCAGUUUCAUUUGUUGAUACUGCGCAAAAGGUUGGACACAAGUAGUCAAUAGGGGUGUGUUCUUGUGCCAAAUGAUCUUGCCAUAUAAAGGCAGUCACAGUCAGCGUGUGACUUUAUCUUAUGAAAGACUGGACAUGAAGGGUUGUGCCAAUGUUUGAGACUCUUAUUUUGAAAGCAACUCUUGAGUUGCCCUGUUGUGCUGAUAGAGUUGAUUAAUAAAGGCUGCUCGUCAAGCCUGCCGACAACACUAGGGUAUAAAAGGACGUUUCAAUCACUAUUAAAUUACUUAUGUAGGCAGAUUUAUUGGUACUCAGAAAUAAAAAGAAACAUUGUCAUAAUAAAAGAUAAAAAGCAUUUGUAAGCAUUGAGAAUUCUAUGACUGGCUAAUUGUUAGCGGCCAUGAAUGCAGGUUGGAAUGGUUGGCAUCUAUUUCCUAGCUUGCUGGCAGCACUAAACUAAAUCAGUGUUGUACAGUUUUUCAAGUUUAGGCAGUAGUUCAUAACCUCUAGUUCAGAAUCUAAAAUAUUUACAAGUACAUCCAAAAAUGUGUUCAAUUUUUUUUAGUCACUUAUAUAAAAAAGGGAAAUUAAAUAGUCAUCACAGAUGCAGGUAAACAUUUCAAGCCAUUAUUUCAUGUACUUUCAAUGAUUAAGGCCUACAGAUAAUGAAACCCUUAAAAUUCAGUGUCCCAGAAAAUGUGAAUAACGUGGAAAAAGUUUAAUAUUACAAACCUAUGGUGUCACACCCUAAUCAGCUAAUUAACCCAAAGCAUCCGCAAAGGUCUCCUGAGCCUCAAAUGGUCUCUCAGUCCGGGUCAGUGGGCUACACAAUCAUGGGGAAGAGUGCUAACUUGACAGGUGUCCAUAAGACAGUUAUUGACACUCUGUACAAGGAUGGUAAGCCACAAAAUGUCAUUGCUAAAGAAGCUUGUUGGUCACAGAGUGCUGUAUUCAAUCAAAUUCCUAGAAAGUUGAGUGGAAGGAAAUCGUGUGGUAAGAAAAUGCGCAACAACAACAAGGAAAACUGUGGCCUUGAGACGAUUGUAAAGCGAAAUCCAUUUAAGAAGCUUCAUAAGGAGUGGACUGAGGCUGGAAUCAGCACAUCAAGAGCCACUACACACAGAAAAAUCUUACACAUGGACUACAAAUGUUGCAUUCCUCAUGUCAAGCCACUCCUGGAACAGAGACAACUUGAGAAGUGUCUUACUUGGGCCAAGGAGAAAAAGAACUAUUCUGUUGCUCAGUGGUCCAAAGUACUCUUUUCAAGAUGAACAUAAAAUUUUCUUUUCAUUUGGAAAUCAAGGUCCCAGAGUUUGAAGGAAGAGUGGAAAGACACAUAAUCCAUGCUGCUUGAAGUCCAGUGUGAAGUUUCCAAGGUCAGUGAUGGUUUGGGGUGCCAUGUCGUCUGCUGGUGUUGUUCCACUGGGUUUUCUGAAGUCCACAGUCAACCCAGUCAUCUAUCAGGCAACAUUAGAGCACUUCUUGUUUCUUUCUGCUGACAAGCUUUAUGGAGAUGACCAUGGUGUUACUGUGCUUCAUUGGCCAACAAACUGGCCUGACUUGAACCCCAGAGAGAAACUUUAGAGUGUGGUCAAGUGGAAGAUGAGUGACACCAGACCCAAUCAUGCAGAUGACCUGAAGGCUGCUAUCAAAGCAACCUGGGCUUCCAAUAAACCCCAGCAGAACCACAGGCUGAUCAUCUCCAUGCCACUCCACAUUGAUGCAAUAAUUCAUGCAAAAGGAGCCUCAAACAAAUACAGAGUGCAUAGAAAUGAACAUAAUUUUGACAUUUUGUUUAAAAUAUCAUUUUUAUUGAUGUCACAUAAUAUUCUAAUUUUCUGAAUCAAUUAAUUGUAGGUUUUCAUUUUCUGUAAGCCAUAAUCAUCAAAUUACAAGACAUAAAGGCUUAACAUAUUUCACUCUAUGUGUAAUGAAUCUUUAUAAUACUGUAAAUAAAUUUCACUUUCUAAAAUGAGAGAGCAAAAAAAAUACUUUCUCACAAUACUCUAAUUUUCUGAGAUGUACCUGAUGAUCAAACCAGAACAGGAUAAUUCUUCACUGAACAGCGAUUCUUAAAACACAUGUUUAGAUUGACCUUUACAUUAUUGGUGAAAACAAAAAAAGGGACAUAUUUUCUUCAACGAGUAACAUUUUUAUUUUUUUUCAAAUUAGAACUGACUUCUUUACACCUCUAGAGGUCCCCAUUUCCAUUAAUUUCCUUUUGUGAAACAAAGUCAAAGUAUUUGUCAUAACAUGUUUUGGACCAGUUGUUUUUCCGAACUAGAGUUUUUAAAGGAAAUGCAAAGAAUUGAUGCAUGACUUGAUAAGCUGGCUCUGGGGUUUAACAGUUCUCAGCCCUUGGGCAAACCUUAUGCUUCAAGAGGAAGGAGAUAGAUUCCCAGCCAGGUAACUCCAGACAAAAGUGAUACCCUGUGCACUUAAAGCAUUGAAAAAAAUCAAACUUAAAUUUGCUAAACUAAUGUUAAACACUAAAGUGUGCGAAAUAAAAAAAAAACAUGUUCGGAGGUCAGAGUGUGUUGAAAUGAUGUCACAUGCGUGGCAGAAGUCAUUAAUAGUUAAUAUAUGCUGUUAAAUAAACAGGAAAUAACAUGUAAGUUUUAGAGGAGGUGGUAAGUUGAUAUUUUCCUAUAACAUCUUUAUAGAUGUUUCCAGAUCUUGCGCUAAGCUAACAGGUGUCUAAAGUUUAUAUUUAAUUGGAGCCCUGUAUGAAUUUUGCUAUUUUAAUUUGGGUUUCAUUUCAGUAUUUACAUGUGUGACAUAAAAAAUAAAGUUCUGUUUUGAUUUGUAAAGAUGUAAGAGAAAAUGUAAAACAAUAAAUGCUGUAUUAAAAGGACUUAAAAAACAUCUUUAAGUUUUGUUUCUGUAAAAUGAUGUGACCGGACCACACCCACAACGUGCCAGAAACCUGCCCUGCCUCUCAGUUUUACUUGAUCUGUUUCCUUGGAAGAGAUAGGCCCUGAAGCUCUCCCUUAAUUGUGUUUUCCAUCCUGCAUGCGAGAUACUGUUAAAACCUCUGAAAUUUAUUGCAGGACAUGAAAAACUGGGGUGAGUUUUAUUUGAGUGAUUUAGUUAUUUUUGGUUGCUUUAAAAUAAUGAUCUACGGCAUUACAAACCAUUAUAACGUGUUACCAGACUCAUGUGGACAUGACUCACUGGGUGUGCCAUAUUUGGAAUAUUUGUUUUUUGCCUCUUGGCAGAUGAGAUUCCAAACACUUAGAUCCCUUGUUGGCACGCUUUGUUUGGUUCUGUUUUUGUUGUGUAAAGUAGAGGGCUGCCUAGUUUGAAACUAAAGCACACACUCCACAUAAAAGGCUUCAAAAAAGCUUUUAAAGAUGCAACUUACUUCUCACAGUUCAUAUUCACAUGUUAACAAUCCUAAAAUAAUAUGUAAUGUUUUUAAUUGCCAUGACUUUUCUUUGAAAAUCUAAUAAUCAUGUUGUAAAAUUAGUGGAAAUAAAAAAAUCCAAAAUUCA